AAAUUUCUAUCAUCUAGAGAAAAGCUAUAAAUUUUAAUGAAGCUCGUAUAGAAGAAAAGCUAUUCGGCCCAUAUAAAAGAUAUAGGCCUAACAAAAAAGGGCAAAACCCAAAAUAAGAAUAGUUUUCAGCUUCGAUUCAUUUUUCCGGGCCUCCGGCCACCGAGAAAUCGAGAAAUUAUGGCGAUUCGAUCGCUGAGAAGAGCGGUGUUGAGAGCUCUGAGCCCUCUACAAUCGUCGUCUUCUUUAAUACCAGCAACGCAAAACUCAUCGCUGUUUUCUCUCUCUAACUACUCAGCUGAACCCUCAACUUCUGCCAGUUAUUCGUGCCCAAAUUUCUCGUGCAAUAGCAUCCCCUGCCGCCGUCUCUCCUCUCUCACUGAGGAGGAAUCUCACGGCCCCGCCGCGGUUAACUAUUGCUCUUUGUUGACGGAAGAAGAGUAUCACAAGCUGGCUAAUUCCACCAUCCAUGAUCUACUUGAGAAGCUCGAGGAAUAUGGUGACUCCGUGGACAUUGGUGGAUUUGACGUUGACUAUGGGAAUGAGGUCCUGACUUUGAAGCUUGGGGAUUUCGGGACUUGUGUCAUAAACAAGCAAACGCCAAAUAGACAGAUUUGGAUGUCAUCUCCAGUGAGUGGUCCGUCUCGUUUUGACUGGGAUCAGAAAGCUGAAGCUUGGAUUUAUAAGCGAACGAAGCAAAACCUUUUUAAAGUACUGGAAACCGAGCUAGAAAAGCUGUGCAAGAAACCUAUCAGCCUUUCUUGAGCUUCCUAAAACAAUACAUUCUCUACAUGAAACUUUUUCUUCCAUGAAACCCGUUAUGCUACUCCCGACUACUCCCAUCAACUCCCUAUUUCCCUUCUUCUCGUCUCUUCAUCCUCACCCCAUUUCCCGUUACAUAUGGCAGCCCCACAUCCUCAUAGCAGUCGCAAUCUAGUAUGUAUUACGGCAAGUUAUGUAUAUUGGCUAACUCAAAGGCCUGCUACACCAGCACGAACAUGAUUGCACAUCCCCAGAGAGUCAAGAUGGUUUAUGCUAUCAUUUUUAACAUACGUAAUUCUUGCCUUAUCUCGUGUGAGGGCAUCGACUUCCGACUGCUGCUGCUAUUUUUCUUAGGUGGUGGACACUACAUGUUCUUGAAAGUAGUGAGGUUUUUUUUGGAGAUUGUGAUCUGUGAAACAUUCAUUUCUUGCAGCAAGUAAGCGUCUAAUUCUGCUUACAUUUCCUCUCUUUUGCUGAAGCAUAAACCCUUUCUUCAUUUUGGCCACACUUUUUGUGUUUUUCUGGAUUGAGAGUGAUACAUACUUAGAGAAAGCAACAGUACAUAUCCAUAACUCCAAUAACAAUUUAGUGUAUAAAUCGGUCAACUAUUAAUUCCAAUCAACAAACCUAUGUAGCUUCUCAA